AAAGCAUGGAGGGAAGAGGUGUUCAACAACGUCUUGAUGGAACAUCAGAGCUAUCAGAACAAGAGAAAGCGCGUGUUCAGAAUUUGGCCUUUGCAUGGGACCUUCCCAGAGUAACUGAAAAUAACCGAAGAUGGUUAUGUGAAAAAAUGCUUCUUCAUUCUGUCAUUGGACGCACCACCAGACAAGUGAAGCAACUGCGCAAGGGUCUAAAAGAGACUCAUCUCUGGCAUCUCAUGACAGAAAAACCUGAUGUGGUACCCUUAAUUUUUCCAAGGGAGAAGGAUGCCUCAUUGACUUCAGAGGCCAUUCUACGUGUAAUUACCUGGCCCAGUGCUACAGAUGACGACUCUGAAGAUGAAUGUCCAGUCGAAACUACAAGUCGCAUAACAGGAUACCUUCGUGAAUUUAUUGAGAAUGCAUCCAGCAAUGACCGGAAAGAACUGCUGCGUUUUUGGACUGGAUGGGAGGUCUUGCCCCAUGAACUCAUUGUCGCGAUGACUUCAUCAAAGUACCCAAGAGCAGCAACUUGUUUUGAAACACUCCAUCUUCCCACUCAUUACACUGAUUUCAGGCAGUUUCAAAAGGACCUAGAGGCGUGCAUCAAAACAAGCAACACUGGAUUUGGGCUCAUAUAACAAGUGACACAGGCAUAAAGUUAUUUUGAUUGACUUUCUACAGUAUAUGCAACCUUUCAUGUAAUUUCAUUCAAUUUUUUUAAGGUUUAGGUUCUCUGGAAUGACUGUUUUUGUCUUUGUAGAAGCACUGCCUGUUAAGUGUGUCAACAUCUAAAAAGUG